CUGUCACCAUGCAGGGGAGAGGAUAGAAGCAACGAUGGGAGUUUUAUUUUUAAUCAUUGUUAACUUUAUUGGCUUUUUACCAUCAACAAAUCUCCUGUAGUACGAGGGAACGUGUCGCCUAAUGUAUUUACGUUUCGAUUCUAAUCGUUUUGCGACCAGGAUGUUAUUUUCGCUGAAAAGCCGGUAAGCUCAUAAAGUGAGUUUUCUCUAAUGUGACAUCCAGCUACCUCCAUAUCAGCAUCAUACAAAAGGGAGAGCCACCGGGGAUCGGGAUUUUUUUAACCAAGCAGUCUUUUUUUGAAUGUCACGAAGAAACGCAGGGGCAAUCUAUUUAACGAAAUGGAUCACUUUGCUGCAGAGUGCCUUGUGUCAAUGUCCAGUCGUGCCAUUGUCCACGAUCCCAAAGGGAACCGAGAGAUUAAACCAGAAACUGCGUCUGCCCCGCGAAACGGAGAGGAGACUAAAGAUCCUCUGGUGAAAGACAAUUCCUCUAUUUUCGUCGUGGCCAGGAUUUUAGCCGAUUUCAACCAGCAAAACCCCACCAGUUUUGCCAACCAGGCAGAGGAGAAUAAACCGCCGACCCUUUCACGAGAGGACGGAAACUCUGCCACACCUACCACCGUCAACGUCGAAGCGGGUCCCAAACAAAGAGGCAAACGUGUGAGGGGUCGAAUUGAACAUGAAUCUCCCCAGAAAAAGCACAAAUGCCACUAUUCAGGUUGUGAAAAAGUUUAUGGCAAAUCGUCCCAUCUCAAAGCCCAUCUAAGGACACACACAGGCGAGCGGCCCUUCCCCUGCACCUGGCCCGACUGCAACAAGAAGUUCGCCCGCUCCGACGAGCUGGCGCGCCACUACCGCACCCACACGGGGGAGAAGAAGUUCGGCUGCCCCCUCUGCGACAAGCGCUUCAUGCGCAGCGACCACCUGACCAAGCACGCCCGCCGCCACUCCGACUUCCAGCCCGGCAUGCUGAAGAGGCCCCACGGGGCGGGCGGGGCCCGAACCGGCUCCCUCAGCGACUACAGCCGCUCCGACGCGUCCAGCCCGGCCCUCAGCCCCGCCAGCUCGCCUUAAAGCCCCCCGCGCACCCCCGGCCUCUCCUCCCGCCUCUCGUGUUGCACAGUGCUCCCACCGCGCCCCUCCUGGCUGCCCCUCUGCUUGCUGUACUGUACUGAACUGUACAUAUCUGCCUAUUGUAGUGCAAUCUCUCGUGCGACUCCGAACACAAAAAAAAACAAGCCUUUCACAAACGGCAAUAUUCGCAUAGUGUACAAUAUGUCUGUAAUUUUUUAUAUGGCUUCUGGCAGACUACCUGGUUGUCAAUUACGUUUUUAUUUAAUUUUUACUUUUCUGUCAUUUUAAACAACCCAGUUCAGAAGAAGAAAUUGGCAGGUAUGCAAGUGAUAUGAUUCUUCACCUUUAUUUAAGAUGAAAUGGGGAUGGGGGGGUUCACAUUUACACCUCAGGAUCUCAGUACAGUUGUCUUUUUAACUACUUAACUUGACUGCACAAUACAGACAUCACUUUAACUCUGAAAUUCAACGCAGUUGGAUUUUGCACCCUGCUCAGGGACGGCCUCCUUAGCUUGAAAGAAUGAACGCAACGAAGACAAACAGCCUUACAUUCAAACGGGAUUUGCACUCUUUGUUUUGUUAGUUUUCACCCUGGGGGAGGGAAACUAGCACUGGAUUAACAUUCAUUUAAGACCAUGGUUUGAUUUUUUUAAAAUUUUCUUUUAUUUUAGACUAAUUUAUUUUCCCCUACUCCGCUUGAGGAUGUAAGUCAGACCAAGACCACUCUUUGAAUGUUUAUUUGACUGGAAGUAACACGCAGGAACAUAUACGUCUGUCGUCUUUUUCUCUUUACAUUUCAACAAAAUCGUAAAUCGGAUAAGUCUCUGACGACUUUUGUGAGCACAUUUCAGCAAGCACAGCGUACACUCAGAACUGCUUUUGUGUUUCAAAGGGAAUUGGGUCCUAUUGCGGCCGGGUGAGUGUAGGCAGGUCAUGCUUGUAAACCUUUAAACUUUAGCCUGCUUAGUGAGGGUUAGCGAAACGGGGCCACGGCCUUCCAUGCAAGAAAAGCUUGAACACAAAGACGAGGGAGGUAAAGGUUCAAAAUGGCCGUUUCCUGGAUGAAAAUGGUAUCUCAGUAAUGAUACAGCAGUGCAGUGGGUAACCCACAUGCAUGGAUCCAAGUGGAAACUCGUCCUUUUGAGUGGACUGGUCAUAUUCUGGCGUGGGUAAGGUCCGAAGCACACGGUGAGCCCCACCUUCGGAAAGCGUACAUUUCCAUGGCUGUGUCUGCCAGUGUAGUCUACGUGUCACAGCUUAAACAGACGUGUGUGGCGGCAACGCUGAAGAGGGCUAUGCCAGACCUAGCUCCUUCUGGAUACCGCCCAGGUCCUGCACAGCAUACAGGGUUAUUCAGGUUUUCUUAUUCGCGAGGGUGAAGCUCUGCUAAGGACAGCCGGAGAGCUGAGCUGGAACAACGGUCACUGUCCCAACUCGGCGUAGACUGCAGUCGCCCCCAAAUUAUACGGCUAUCUGCGAGGGGCAGGGCUGCGGGCCUGAGACAGGGGCCCAGAUAAAGGGCUGUGGUUUAUCGCGGGUCACACGAUCCCGUGGAAAUGCUGCGGGGCACGCCCCUCGUUUGUAACAGACAAAAGGAAAGGGUACGCCCCUCCCGGUCAGGGCUGGGGUUGUGGUUGUGGCAGACAGGGAGCCUCGCGCGCUGGGGUCCCCUAUGCGCGGGACGCUGGUGUUCGCCCCUGCUGUUCCUCCACGAGAGGAACAAAAACCCUGCUCCUCAUCGGUCGAGUAGUGUGUUACCGACCGAGCGAAGCUUCGCGACCGCUGUGGUCUGGGUCCGAUACGUGACCGCAGCAGCACCCGCGUACGGUUACCCCGGCGACGCGAGGGGAGGCGUCCCGCCUUGUUUGGUGUGAUUGACGUUUCCCGUGUGCUCGGCUGAUAGCGGUUAGCGCAGCGCCGCGCUAGUCUCCGUGAGUCGCGGGCGCGGAGGGACGGGGGGCCGUCUGUCCCAUUUUUAUUGGGGAGGCCCCUCGUAAAAGUUUAAUCACGCCGCAGAAUACAAUAAGCGCCCGCUUUCAGACCUCUCCGUCGCUACAAACGGGGGUUUAUACCACCGCAACAAAAAAAGCUUUUGCUCCAAAAUGAGCUUUGUCCAGCUGAAUUAAAAAGGGAAAAGCGGGCUAAGUUUUGUGGGAAAAUUGGGUUAUUUUACACACAGGUGGGCCUGGCUGGCUCAAAGUAAAGGCCCUUCAGGAACAAAGCUGAAGUAAGGAAGCACUGGCUUCAAGACACGAGGCUUUCAACACCAACGCUGUCAAUGUCAACAAAAAUACUCAGACUCUAGUAUCGCUCCUGAAGUCUGUGCUGGGCUCUCCUGCUUUUGGGUCCCCAGGCAGGUCCCAGAGCCUUGGAGGGGCCGGUCCCAGAGCCUCUCUCUACGCCGUGGCCCCUACAGAGGAGCAUCUAGAGCUGGGAGUGGAGCCCAGCUGCAGUGGGAGGGGGGCCGUUAUUGGGCGGGGGGGGGCAGAAGGAAGCAGGUGUACGCCUGUGAAUGGCUGCCCUUGUCUCACCCCCCCACCCCCACCCUCUUCCCCCGCGAACGUGAGCCUCCCUUCCCCAGCCACCGAAAAAAGAGGGCACAUAAUCAAGCGCCCCUUAAAGAAAACACCCUUCAUAAAAAUAUACUGCCCCUGUGGCAGUGGUGAUUCUGCGGCAAACCACAUAUGAGGCAGUUCCCACAUAACUCCUGUUACGUUCAACUGGACCAAGACGCCACGCUUUGAGUUCUGAAACGGAGCCGCCACGCUGUUCUCCCUCCCCUCCUCCCGCUCCCCCUUUCAUCUCUCCCCACAGUGCGGCCAUGCCCACGCACUCGCCAACCCCUCUUGCCGUACUACUUCACGCCCCCCGGCACCCGGUGAAUAUGCGUAUUUGAGUUAUUAGAGCACACGGUGUACUUGAAAGCACUGUAGCUCUUUCUUUAUGGAUGAAACUGUUGUGUAGAACAAAAGCCUAAGCAGGACCACUCAUUUUAUUUUGGAAAUUUGUUGUUUUGUUCUUUUUUUUUUUUGGAGUACUCUUCUGAGUACAGCUUACUCAUUCCAUAAUCCUUAACCAUAGGAGCUGCUUAAUGUGCAGGCUGCUUCUUACUUCAUCUUAAUCCAUAAGACACAUUUACCUCAGGGCUGAUUUUGGUAGGGCAUACUCAAGACAGUGACAUGCCCCUACCUCUGUUUUUAUUCUUAUUUUUCAGAUUGUUCUCUGGGUUAACUUGUACAUGCAGUGCAAAGUCUGUCACGGACGGCUCCCCUGUGGUGCCCUCAGUCUGCCUCACUGCUGGUCAGUUGGAGCAGACCCACAGAGAGCUGUCCUCCACAUCACCACAGAUGUUCUAUUUACUGACUCCAGGUAUUCAGCACCCCCCCCCCCCCCCCCCACCAUUUUGUUUCCGGAAGAUUCCAAUUUGUAACAGCGUGUUCCAGUGCUGUCCGCAUUACUAUGUUAGCUUUGGAUGUUCUUUGACUCAUGCCCCGGUCAUGAGUAUAGUGAACCAGUGAAUCAGAAUUCCCAAUGUUUCGAACCUCACAGCAAAAUAUCUGGUGAGAUAAAUAGAAUAUCUGUGGCUUCACCUCAGUCCCUGAGCCAGUGUCCAUACCUGGUCUCUUUCCUCUCAACCGGAAAUCACCUCUAUGUAACCCCCUAUGGUCACACAUUCCCGGAUAGAUGCUAUUUAAUCUGCAGAACCUGUUGACCUGUGGUUUUAAAUGGACACAUCAUGAGUACAGUAACUAACUGGCUUAUGCCUGAAUUCAGAUUCAGAUCUUCAGUAGUUUUACAUGCUAGCACAUGCUAGCUAGUUCUCCCUCUCAGUAAACAGGUGUAAAUACACUGUUAAGCAUUGACAGAGGACAUAUUCCACUUUACAGAGCUGUGUUUUUGGGUGAUUAGUAUCUUCUAAUAGUUACUGGAAUCAUAUUGAUUUCUUUCAUGUUUUCACAUAAUUGUUGACUGUUUGAAUCAUUCAUGCACCUGUGUUUUUUUCUUUUUCUUUUAUGGUUUGUUUCAUUUUUUCUAACUGUAACAGAUCUACCUGAGUUUUGAAAUAUGAAAGAGGCCAUAGUAAACUGCCUGGGAUCUGUCUGGUUGUGAAACCACAGUGUUUAUUCUAUGCUUGGCUAACAAAUCAACAUUGACGAGUAUUUUUGUGGAAUUGUGGGUAUAUUCUUUUUUUUUUUCAUCCGUGAUAAAAAUUGCUACUUUGGGGUGAUUUUCAGAUACUUCUUGCUGUUUUCAGGUCACAUAAAAUUAUUAUUGUUAUUAUUUCAGUUAUUGUUAUUAAUAUGUUAUUUUAUUUGUUUUGUCUAUUUUAAUUUUGUGUGUUGCUCUUUCAAUUGUUUGGCUAGAAAUCUCAGAUGAUUUUCUUGCAUUAGACGCAAAGUAUAUCUAAAGAUACUGAGAUUAAGAUAAAUGUACUUCAUUCACUUGAAGACACUGAAA